CUAAAAGCUCAUAUCGUUGUAAUUGUUAUAUACUAGUGGUAAUUAAGUCCAGUCACUUGAGGUUAAAUUUUCUGACUCUUUUUACCUCUCAUUUCUGAAAAUGGCAAGUGAAGUUCAUGCAGUUGUUGAUGCCUAUUCUCCUCCGAAGACGCCAACGGUUUGCGUCACAGGAGCAGCUGGAUUUAUCGGCUCUUGGCUUGUCAUGAGACUCCUUGAACGCGGUUAUAAUGUCCAUGCUACUGUUCGUGAUCCUGAGAACCAGAAGAAGGCGAAACAUCUCUUGGAAUUGCCAAAAGCUGAUACAAACUUAACGCUGUGGAAAGCAGACUUGGCAGUGGAAGGAAGCUUUGAUGAAGCCAUUCAAGGUUGUCAAGGAGUAUUUCAUGUGGCUACACCGAUGGAUUUCGAGUCCAAGGAUCCAGAGAACGAAGUAAUUAAACCAACAGUCAGGGGAAUGUUAAGUAUCAUAGAAUCAUGUGCUAAAGCUAAAACAGUGAAGAGGCUGGUUUUCACUUCAUCUGCUGGAACUCUUGAUGUCCAAGAGGACCAAAAACUCUUCUAUGACGAGACCAGCUGGAGCGAUUUGGACUUCAUAUAUGCUAAGAAGAUGACAGGAUGGAUGUAUUUUGUUUCCAAGAUACUGGCAGAGAAGGCUGCAAUGGAAGAAGCUAAAAAGAACAACAUUAAUUUCAUUAGCAUCAUACCACCACUGGUUGUUGGUCCAUUCAUCACACCUACGUUCCCACCUAGCUUAAUCACUGCCCUUUCACUAAUUACCGGGAAUGAAGCUCACUACGGCAUCAUUAAACAAGGUCAAUAUGUGCAUUUGGAUGAUCUUUGUGAGGCUCAUAUAUUCCUGUAUGAGCACCCCAAGGCAGAGGGAAGAUUCAUUUGCUCGUCCCAUCAUGCUAUCAUCUACGAUGUGGCUAAGAUGGUGCGACAGAAAUGGCCAGAGUACUAUGUUCCUACUGAGUUUAAGGGUAUCGAUAAGGACUUGCCCAUAGUGUCUUUUUCAUCAAAGAAGCUUAUGGACAUGGGGUUUCAAUUCAAAUACACUUUGGAGGAUAUGUAUAAAGGGGCCAUUGAGACUUGCCGACAGAAGCAGUUGCUUCCCUUUUCUACCCGAAGCACUGCAGACAAUGGAAAAGACAAAGAAGCAAUUCCCAUUUCUACUGAAAACUAUUCAAGUGGCAAGGAGAAUGCACCAGUUGCCAAUUGUACAGGAAAGUUUACCAAUGGUGAAAUCUAGUACCGCAACCAUACGAAAUAAAAAGGCGAGCUACCCUACCAACAUGUUCUUCUUGGUUCAUGAUGGCUGUUUGAGGUUUUUCAAUACAACAUGAGUAAAAUGGUCGAUGAAUAUACGGAAAUUCUCAUCUUGCUUAAUUCAGGCAGGUAGGCUAUCAGAGAAUUCUAGGUAUAUUUUGCAGGAAAAAAAAAAAACUAGAAUCACUGCAGGAUCUGGAUCCUAAUACAAGGGCAUAUUAAUAUUCCAUUUUAUAAGCUUUGCACAAGCAAAGAUCUAAUUUUACGGAA